AUGGACGCAUCAGAAGACCCGCAAUAUUCAGCUUCAGAUUAUCCAGAGAUUACUAAGAGUCUGGUCAUUGCAGCGACAACGUCUUCGAACGUCUCUUGGGUCAGUUCCGCCAUCAAGAGCACGAAUUGGAAACCAUACAUCUACAUUACAGACUCAGCAGAUGCCCAAUUAACUGUGCCAAUCAAUCGAGGCAACGAAGCAAUGGUGUAUUUAACAUAUAUCAUCCAAAAUUACGUCGACUCUCUGCCAGACAUAAUGUUCUUCCACCACCAUCACGAAAACGCAUGGCAUCAAUUGCUCACUGCCUCCCACGAAAUUACAUACCUCAAGGAUCAGUUUGUGAUGGAUUCUGGAUAUGUGUCGCCAAGAUGUUUAGGAUCAUGUGAGAAUGUGAUUGAAUUAUCCGGAAACUAUAUACCGUUAAGUGACUUGGAGGACGCAAUACCGAGGGAGACUCAAAUAGGGAGUUUCUUGAUGGAAUUUUUGGGCUGGAUACCAGAGAAGAUUGCAUCACCCUGCUGUGCUCAGUUCGCGGUCAGUAGGGAAGCUGUCUACAGACGAAGUUUGGACGAGUGGAAAUCAAUCAGGAAGUGGCUGGAGGAAACGAAGUUAUCUAGUUCAAGCAGUGGCAGGGUGUUGGAACAUACUUGGCACAUUUUGUUUGGCAUGGAAUCAAUUCAUUGUCCUGUACAAAACGUCUGCCUUUGCGGUGGUUUUGGUAUGGACUGCACAUAA